CCUGGAGACCUUUGAGCGCGCGCCAAAAGUGACGUUAUUGCGCCCCUAGCGCGCUCUCGCGUCUUGCGCGUUUGCUCUGCAAAUUAUUGCAGAUUUUGAGACCAACUGCACGCGCUGUGUUUAUGAUCUCAGCAUGAACGACUUCGAGAGUCGCGUGGCCGAACAGGUUCGCCGGUACAAACACCUGUACGACCCCUCGUUCAGAGACCGCAGCUUCAUCCAGAUGGCCUCUGACUCGUGGAGGGAGAUCGCAGCCACCCUGGGGAAGGACGAGGCAUCCUGUCGGAGGGUGUGGAAGAGUACCAGAGACUGCUUCGUCAAAGCCAAGAAACGGAGGGCUCGUUUAAAGGGCGAGGGACGCGCAGCCGUGCCGCGGAUCCUGGUGGAGCUCGGCUGGCUGUCUCAGUUCGUUAAACACCGAGAGCUGGAAAAUAAUUCCGACUUCGAGGAAAACUUGGAACUCAACGGCGAUGCCCAAAAGACACUAGAAGACACAAAAAGACUUGUUCCCCCCAUAUCUUCAUCAUCACCGGGUAACUUCUCUUCAUCAUACUUAGCACCGCUCUCUGGACCGUCCUCGGUAGAGACGACGUCCUCCAGCAGCCCGUCACCCUUGCGUGAAUCACCAUCACGAGUCAGUGAUGCCCAUGCUGCCAGACUGGAGCUCCUGGAACAAGAGAGACAUAAAUCAAUGCAACAGGACAAUGCAGACUCGCGGUUUGCUGAAGUCAUCAAGGACAUGCUAGCUAAUAUCCACCCGAAGCAUAAAGCAGAUGUUAAAUUUAAAGUAUACCAGCUGCUAUUUGAGGCGGAGAGGGAUUUCCCGAAACACUCAUGAAAAAGAGAUGGCUGCUCCUUUUUACAUAGUUUUAAUUUUUGUUUUUUAAUAUGUGUCAAGAAUACAAAAACAGUAGUGCAAAUAAAGAGUUUUUGUAUUUAAAA